GAAGAGAAUCUUUAUCAACUUCAGCAUAGAGUCAAUGCAGAAAAGAGAGUUGUGGAAUUUGAUACCAAAAUUGGGCAAAGGUGGGUUGAUGACCUUGACUAUCAAAACAAGAGAAGACGUCGUGAAACCAGUCCUCUGGAAAAAUAUUCGGAUUACGAUAAUGUCAAAAGCCUAGUAGAUGAUUAUGAUGUAGAUGAAAGUGAAAAUGAUAACGGCUAUAAUGAAAUCGACAAUGAAUCUGAUAAGAGGUUUUACCCAUGGCUGAAUGACAUAGAAGUAGAAAGUGAAAGCGAAAGUGAUUAUGAUACAACUGAUGAUGAAUUUGACGAGAGUUAUUGCACAACUGAAAUUAUCAAUAUUUCCGAUCAUGAGGCAGUAGAUCAACAUAGUGAACUGAAGAAAUGGGUACUUGAAAAUCGAGUUCCUAACAUAACUGAUAAAGAAAAGGAUGCAAUAGGCAACUAUGUAUUAGAUGUAUUUGAGCGUAAUGUAGAAAGUACUAUUAAGUCUAUCAAAGAGAAAAAAAUCGACCUAGAUCCAAACGAUGCUUCGUUCGUGAAAAGAAUUUUAGAUACAUGGGCUUAUAAGUGGAAAUCAGAAUUCAACGAAACAAUGAGCGAGUCAACGUAUACAGCAACAUGGAUUGCACCAGAUUUCGAAAUUUUGAAAAACAAAGAUCCUGGCUUAUUUAAUAGCUCAUGGUGCGAAAUGAUUCAUCCAUCGUCAAAAUGGCGAAGGAGGAACGUGUGUAAGUCCAAUAAGAAGACCGGUAGAAAAUGCGACGGUAUACUUUUCAUAAAAAGUAGUACAAUAGAAAGAUUAGUGUUCGAAAAUGUUUGCUCCCCUAAAAAGGAGAACCGUCCAAAGUAUUAUAAAGAUUUAAAUAAGUCAUUUCGUAAUGCAGUCGAUACUCUGUGUAAAAGAUUUUGGACAAAUAAGCAAGGAGAUGCGGAAAUCUCCAGGAAAUAUAUUGACUUACUUUCUAACAAUAAACUAGAAAAUCAAGGUGAACUCUGGAGGAUAUGUUUUGCCGGCAAAGACAAAUUUCUUGCUGAAAGAAUUUACAAGUUAGAAAUACCCUGGAAAUUUGAAGAUGACUGGACGAAAUUAGCGGACGUUUGUAAAAUGAUGUUACUAAUAGAAAUCGCGAGCCUAUGUGCCGGUCUCACGGCGGUCCCCUAG